CUGUAUCUCUCUCUCUCUCUCUGUAACAGAGUUGAUAGCCUGCUUCUCGAACCCUCAUUCCGUAGAGACGAAGAAGAAGUGGGGGAAAGAUUUUAGCUUUUUAAGCUCACUGGCCUUGUAUCUGCGACUCGACUGGGUUUUGUGGGAAUGGCUACUAAUGCCCGUGAAUUUGGCACCAUUGUGGAUCAUAAGAAGGGUAGAUAUCAAUGCACCUAUUGUGGCAAGGUUGUUAGUGGCCUCAAACGUCUUAAAUGCCACUUAGGAGGUGUCCGUGGAGAUGUUGCUCCGUGUUUGCAGGUUCCUGAAGAUGUGAAGGCAAUGCUGAGAAAUGAGUUACAGGAGAGGAGAUUUGGAAAUGCAAUGAGGGAUGUUGGGGAGCUUGACGAGCCGAACCUUCCAUUGAAGAGGAAGCGGGAGUACAGUCCUGCCAAGCUUGACAAACAAGAUAGCAGCGAUCAAAAUUCUGGCAACGUGAUAGAUUCGGUCUUUCCCAGAGGACAAGUGGACUCACCGGCUGAAGGUAGUGGUGUCAGUGAUUCAUCAUUAAGAAAAGCCCAGAAAAGUAUUGGCAGGUUCUUUUAUGAAACAGGAGUUGACUUCGAUGCAAUUAAAUCACCUAGCUUCGUAAGGAUGAUAAAAUCCAUCAUUGGCCCUUUUAAUACAAUGAAAAUUCCAACUUGUAAUGAUUUGAAAGGGUGGAUCCUUCAGGAUGCAGUGAAAGAGAUGCAAGAGUAUACAUCUGAUAUCAAGAGUGUAUGGGCAGCCACAGGGUGCAGCAUCUUGUUAGACGGAUGGGUAGAUUCAAGGGGUCGAAAACUUGUUAAUAUCUUAGUAUAUUGCCCAAAGGGCACAGUUUAUCGUCAAUCCUAUGAUAUUUCAGCAAUUGAUGGUAAUGCUGUCGCAAUGGAAGAUUUUUUGGAUAGUGUUAUUGAGGAGGUUGGUGUUGAUAAUGUGGUUCAAAUUGUCUCAUACUCAACAUCAACUUUCAUGGAGGAUGUAGGGAAGAGAGUAAACCAAAAGCAUAAGAGAAUUUUUUGGACUGUAAGUGCUUCUCAUUGUAUAGAACUCAUGUUAAACAAACUUGCAAUGAUGGAUGCCAUCAAGGAAAUAUUGGAGAAGGCAAAAACUAUUACACAAUUUGUUUACAGCAAUGAGGAUGUCCUGAAACUUGCAAGAAAAUUUUGCUCUACUGACUUAGUUAAGCCUUCCAAGAUAAAGUCAAUAGUUCCGUUCCUUACCCUUGAGAACAUGGUCAUGGAGGAGGAAGACUUGCAAAAGAUGUUUCUCUCAUCGGGUUGGAAAUCCUUAGUUUGUUCUUCUACCAGGGAGGGGCAAAGCAUUGCUGACUUGGUGGCGGAUAAAACUUUUUGGAAUGGAGCUUUUACGGUCUUAAAGGUCACAAUUCCCCUGGUGAAGGUUUUGAAAUUGAUCAAUGGUAGUAAUAAGCCAGAAAUUGGUUCUAUAUAUGACACAAUAGACCAGGCUAAGGAGACAAUCAAGUUAGAAUUCCAGUCGAGGAAAUCCCAAUACAUACAAUUCUGGGAAGCAAUAGAUGAAAUUUGGAACAAGUAUCUUCACAGCCCUCUCCAUGCUGCAGGAUACUUUUUGAACCCUAGGCUUUUCUAUUCAGAUGACUUCUUCGCUGAUGCUGAAGUUUCAUGUGGCCUCUGUUGCUGCAUUGUUCGUAUGUCAGCGAAUCUUAGUGUUCAAGAUUUGAUGAUGCUGCAGAUUGACAAGUACCGGAUGGCUAAGGGUGAUUUUGGCUUAGGCAGUGCCAAGUUGGAAAAUAUUCAUCCAGCACUUUGGUGGUCAAAGUAUGGAGAAGAAUGCCCUGAAUUACAAAAGAUGGCUGUCCGGAUCCUGAGUCAGACCUGUGAUGGGGCCUCAAAAUAUAACCUAAAGAGGACAUUGGCAGAGGCCUUACUUACAGAAGGAAGAAACCAGAUUGAGCAAGAGAGGCUGAGGGAUCUGGCAUUCGUGCAUUACAAUCUGCAGUUACAAAAUUUUAAGCCAGAUGUACGCAACGACUUCUCAGACGAGGAGAUUGACCCCAUGGAUGAUUGGAUAGUGGAAAGACGACAUGGUAAAUCUAUCAGGAAUGAUGAGCCAAUGCUGAUAGAUUUGGAUUCUGAAGAUUCAACUAGAGAAGGGGUCGUUUGAAAAUUGACAGUAGAGGUCGAUUCUCAUGCAGAAGACGAUGUGCAGAAGGUGUGCAGAAGAGGAGCUCAGCCAGUGUAGCUGUAGUGUAAAUGAUCAGUAGAUUAUUUAAGUGCAACUGGCAGUCUUCUGUGUAUGUAAUAUGCCAUCUUUGUUAUGGUGUAAACACUUAGGUGUAAGAGGCAUUUGUCCCAACACUAAGUGUAGCUGGUUAUAGCGGCAACUUUGGCAACAAAAUUGUGAAUUUUGUUGUA